AUGGCGCUCCCGGGGAUCCGCCGCCGUCACGUGACCCGUGCGCACGUCCAGGCUUUGCACCUCCCUCAAAAACAAGACGACACGAAGCGGAUCAGAAAGCCCUCCGCCAGCAGCCUGGGCGCUCCUCUCUCUCUCUCGUCGUGGCGUUCUGGGAGCUGUCAGCACGUCUCACGCUUCUCUCAGACUGCGGAUGACAGCUGGAGGAGCAGGGAGCAGGACCAAGAUGGCGGCGGCCGGACAGAGUGGCGACAGCGGCGCUCGCAGAGAUGA